UAUAUGAUAGGAAGUAUUGCUUUGUGAUUGGUAAUGAUAUCCGGAGUAUGUUGGUUAAAAACACAAAUGAGGAGAGAUGAAUAUCACAUCUAAUUAAUAAUACGCCAUGACUAAUUCAAUUCUUUUGAUAGCUACGUUGAUCAUUGCAGUAACUGGACUAACACUUUCUGUAGGAGUAGUGGUAUUUUUAAUAUAUAGAUAUGUGUGUACAAAGAGUAAGAAAUAUAAGUCUGAAUCAACUGAUGGUGAGUUAAGUCAAAUUGAAACCAAUAAUAGAACAGAUGAACGAAUCACACAAAAUGACCAUGACAUUCCUCUACGAAGGAAAGACAAUGAUAGUGCUAUUGACAUGCAGGAUAUUUCUUCUAGAUGUUCCAAUCAAUAUGAUGAAAAUGAUCACGUGGCACAACACUUUCGAUGUGGUGUGCGCUCUAUUGGUCCACAAUUCACAAUCAGUAUUAAUAGGAAGAAGGCGAAUACAAGCACAUCAAGCGAUGAAACGGCAAAUGUGUACGGUCAUGGUCAGCCUGAUUCGCAAGUUGUUGCAAUUGCUCAAAGUUAUUACAAAGAAAAAACAAAUUCCACAGACAUCGUAGGUAUUGAUGACAUGGAUAUCAUUAAUCAUAAACAGAAGAGAAAGUACAUGCUAGAAAGACAGAAUGCUAUUGAUAGGCCUACUUCAUUACUGUUUAUAAACCCUCAAACAUCGUGUGAUGAUAAUAACCUACCCCAGGAAGGGGCUUUUGUUCAUAGAUUGGUAACUAAAGGAGGUGGCGAAUUAACUGUUUUAGGUGUGAGAUUAGAGAUACCUAAUGGAGCACUAGAGGAAGACACACAAGUUACUUUGGGUAUCACAUGGGACUCUUCUCUUUAUCCACAACUGACAAAAUCCUGCACAAUGUUAAGUCCUGUUGUUGUUUGUCAGCCAUCAAUUCGGUUUCUCAAACCGGUGAAAUUAUCUUUUCCUCACAGUGCAGUCAGUCACGACAAAGACUGGAAACUGUUAGUCUAUUACAGAGAAAAUGAUAUUCAUGAAACAAAUACGGAAUGGAAGAAAUUAGAUUCCGAUGAAACGUGUAGUACGGAGAUUACACCAAAUCAAGUAGUGCUGUAUCUGAACCAUUUCACAUUAUAUACUCUCAUUGGAGAAAGUUUGGAAGGAAGGACAGCCGUAAAAGCAGUUAAACUUUUAGCCUUUACCACUCCAUUCCAGAUCAGUAGAAUGUUUACAGUUAGAAUAUAUUGCAUAAAUAAUUAUGAAGACGAUUCGGCUGAAAUGAAGAAUAUCAUAAAGUCAUCGAAGGAACUAAAUGAAAAGCAAGCAGAUGUACCUCAGCCAUUAUUUAUUCAAGACAAUGGUGAAGAUAUUUCAGUCAGUCUAUCAAAGCUGUCUAAUGGAUGGGAAAACGACGGUAAUAUGUGUCAGAUGAUUGAUUUUAAAAGUGUGUGGAACUCUCUUUCACCUUCAUGUAAAUUUCUGAUACAUCCGUCUGGACAUUCGGAACGGAAAAUUGUUUGUGAAUUUACAUACAGUCAGAAGCCAUCCGAAAAAGAAAGAACUUUAAAAGUUUCCGAUGAAUAUAGAGAGAUAUCACCCUUAGCAUUGAAAAAACAUCCAGGGACACAAAGAAAAGUUAUGAAGGAUUUAAUUCUUAAAUUAGAUAUAAAAGGAGAAAGAGACUAUAGACUUUUAGCAGAGAAAAUUGGAUACUCGUAUGAACAAAUCAGAUGGUUAGAACAGCAAAGUUGUCCCAAAAGUCCAACAGAGAUUAUUCUUGAAAAAUGGAUUGGUGACGGACGUGGACUCCAAGAGUUGAAGCCUCAUCUUCAUCAAAUGGGACGAUUAGACGCUGUUUCCGCCAUAGAAGACAAAAACACAUGAGUGGAAAAAUAUGUCAUGCUAAUUGUUCAACGUCUCAAAAGAUUUGUUUUUAUGUUUUUCUAGUUAUACUAUAUAAAUAUCUUUUUUAUACAUGGACAACUCUUAUGUACAGAUAUUUGUAAGGAACUUAAACAGGAGACAAAUGGAAUUCUUCUAUAAUUCUGAAUAUGUUUUAUCAACUUGUGUAAAUAAAAUGACUUUAUAGCUUACAUCACUUCAUACCACAGUUUUGAAGCGGAAGGUAUGAAGUAUGACUAAGCCACUUUUUUGUCCCUAAUAUUGCAAAAUUACUGAAAUUCUUCAAAUCCUGAUAACCAAAAUGCACAGCAUAAGAGAUACAUUUGAUUGUCCAACGUGUACUCAAUGGUUCAUACGAACAAUAAACUAAGAAGUGGAUAAUACGCCUAGUCAUGGCCAGUGUGCUGUGGUCAUGAUGCAUUUGGAAGAUUCUUUGUUACAUUAAUGAUUAAAAGGGAAAAUAAUAAUUUAUUUUAAAGUAAGGGAUGUAUUUUUAUUGUUAAGAUAUCUUAUUGUCUUGUCUUUGGAUGUUUGCAGUGAGAUACAAUUUUUCUUCGUUAUUUUCCUGAGACGACUGUCUACCAGAAACAAAAUGAUGUAUAUUUCUGCAACUGUAGGACAAAAAACGACCUUAAAUAAGAAGCAAUAUCGAUAAUUGUCUUUCCCGAGUAAUUUUAAUCAUGCCCUUGACUCUUAUAUGUCUGUUGUGAAAUACUUGUUUCUUGUCAAUUGUCCUCCUGCCCUGCAAUCUUGUCUAUAUGUAAUGCAAUACUUUUUCCUGUUAAUGUCCUGAUGUCCUGUACUCGUGACUGCCUUUGUUAAGAUACUGUUCCUUAGUAGUUGUCCUCCUGACUUGGAUUUUUAACUCUCUGCUGUGACAAAAUUGUUCCUGGAAAAUUAUCUUAAUA